CAGGAGAGGUCUGAAGAGACCUGAAAACAAGCAGCCCUGGACUCAGCUCUGGGUUCUGAAAGCCCAUUCCCUGCUCUGCAGCUCUUCCCACCCCACCUCUUCUCAGCCUUGCAGCUCAAGUGUUGAUCUCAGAAGCCCAGGACCCAGGAGAAGGAAGAAUCUGAGGAACGCAGAACAGUGAGCGUUGCCCACACCCCGUACUCCAUCACCACAUCUCCCUUCACCCUCACCCUCCCUGCCUGGCCCUAGACCCCAUCCCAGCACCUCCAUAUCAGCUGACUUCUUCCAAUGUCCCGCAGGACCCUCUGGGCUCCUCCCUCCUCUGACUUUUCCUACCACUCCUCUUCUAUCAGCAUCUAUCUGCAGGUGCCCUGGGGUUUAUAAAACUGGGUUCUGAAUGCUGAAUAAGAGACAGUAAGAGCCAAGGCAAAGGAGAGCACUGUUCUUUGCCUGCCUGAUACCCUCACCACCCAUAAACAUCCCCCAGAUACCCCUUUAACUCUGAGACAGAGAUGGCUGGUGGAGCCUGGGGCCGCCUGGCCUGUUACUUGGAGCUCCUGAAGGAGGAGGAUCUGAAGAAGUUCCAGCUUCUGCUGACCAAUAAAGUGCACUCCAGGGGCUCUUUGGGUGAGUCACCUGCUCAACCAGAGAAAAUGAGUGGCAUGCAGGUGGCCUCACACCUGGUGGCUCAGUAUGGGGAACAGCAGGCCUGGGACCUGGCCAUCCAUACCUGGGAGCAGAUGGGCCUGAGGUCACUGUGUGCCCAAGCUCAGGAAGAGGCAGGCCACUCUUCCUCAUUCCCCUACAGCCUAAGCGAACCCAGCCUGGGGUCUCCCAACCGACCCACCUCCACCGCAGUGCUGAGGUCCUGGAUCCCUGAAUUGCAGGGGUGCACCCAGGGCUCAGAGAGAAGUGUUUUGAGACACCUACCUGACAUGUCUGGACACCGCUGGAGAGAAAUCACUUCCUCACUCCUCUACCAAGCUCCUUUAAGUUCUCCAGACUAUGGGUCUCCAAGCCAUGAGUCACCGAAUGCCCCCACAUCCACAGCAGAGCUGGGGAGCUGGGAAUCUCCACUUCAUCCCAGCCCAGUGCCCAGAGAGCAGGAGGCUCCUGGUACCCAGUGGCCUCUGGAUGAAAUGUUGGGAAAUUGCUACACAGGAAUCAGAGAAAGAGACCAGAACCUGUGGAGGGAGAGCCCCUGUUCCACAUGGUCCUGGAAAAAUGAGGAUUUGAACCAAAAAUUUACACAGCUGCUACUUCUACAAAGGCCUCACCCCAGAAGCCAUGAGUGCCUGGUCAGGGGAAGAUUGCUUCAUAAUGUGGAGGAGGAUCAAGGACAUUUAAUUGAGAUCGGAGACUUAUUUGGCCCAGGCCUGGAUACCCAGGAACCUCGCAUAGUCAUACUGCAGGGGGCUGCUGGAAUUGGGAAGUCAACACUGGCCAGGUGGGUGAGGGAGGCCUGGGGGAGAGGCCAGCUGUAUAGGGAUUGCUUCCAACAUGUCUUCUACUUCAGCUGCAGAGAGCUGGCCCAGUCCAAGCUGCUGAGUCUUGCUGAGCUCAUUGGAAAAGACUGGACAGCCACUCAGGCUCCCAUUAGACAGAUCCUGUCUAGUCCAGAGCAGCUGCUCUUCAUCCUCGAUGGUGUGGAUGAGCCAAAAUGGGUCUUGAAGGAGCAGAGUCCCGAACUCUGUCUGCACUGGAGCCAGCCGCAGCCAGCGGAUGCACUGCUGGGCAGUUUGCUGGGGAGAAGCAUACUUCCCAAGGCGUCCUUCCUGAUCACUGCUCGGACCACAGCUCUGCAGAGUCUCAUUCCUUCUUUGGAGCAGGCACAUUGGGUAGAAGUUCUGGGGUUCUCUGAGUCCAGCAGGAAGGAAUAUUUCUACAAAUAUUUCACAGAUAAAAGGCAAGCAAAUAGAGCCUUUAGGUUGGUCAAAUCAAACAAAGAACUCUGGGCCCUGUGUCUCGUGCCCUGGGUGUCCUGGCUGGCCUGCACUUGCCUGAUGCAGCAGAUGAAGCAGAAGGAAGAACUCACACUGACCUCCAAGACCACCACGACCCUCUGUCUGCAUUACUUUUCCCAGGCUCUCCGAGCUCAGCCAUUGGGGUCCCAGCUCCUGGGCUUCUGCUCCCUGGCUGCUGAGGGCAUCUGGCAAAGAAAGACCCUUUUCAGUCCAGAUGACCUCAAGAAGCAUGGGUUAGAUGGGGCCAUCAUCUCCUCCCUCUUGAAGAUGGGUAUUCUUCAAGAGCACCCCAUCCCUCUGAGCUACAGCUUCAUUCACCUCUGUUUCCAGGAGUUCUUUGCAGCAAUGUCCUGUGCCUUGGAGGAUAAGAAGGGGAGAAGUGAACAUUCUAAUCACAUCGUGGGUUUGGGAAAGUUGCUAGAAGCAUAUGGAACACAUGACCUGUUCAGGGCACCAACCACACGUUUCCUACUGGGCCUGUUAAGUAAACGGGGGACAAGAGAGAUGGAGAACAUCUUUGACUGCCAGCUGUCUCAGGAGAGGAAGAGGAGGCUUCUGCAGUGUGCCCAGUUCCUGCAGCCCUCACUGCAGUCACACUCUCUGGAGUUCCUCCACUGUUUGUAUGAGACUCAGGGCAAAAGUUUCCUGACACAAAUGAUGGCCCAUUUCCAAGAAGUGUGCAUGUGUGUGGAAACAGACAUGGAGCUCCUGGUGUGCACUUUCUGCAUUAAAUUCUGCCACGACGUGAAGAAGCUUCAACUGAUUGAGGGCAGGCAGCACGGACCAGCAUGGAGCCUUGACAGGGUAGUCCUGUUCAGGUGGGUCCCAGCCACAGAUGCCUAUUGGCAGAUUCUCUUCUCCGUUCUCAAGAUCACCGGAAGCCUGAAGGAGCUGGACCUAAGUGGAAACUUGCUUAGCCUCUCUGCAGUGCAGAGUCUUUGUGAGACCCUGAGAUACCCUUGCUGCCUCCUGGAGACCCUACGGUUGGCCGGCUGUGGCCUCACGGCUGAGGGCUGCAAGAACCUUGCCUCUGGGCUGAGAACCAGCCAGACCCUGACCGAGGUGGAGCUAAGCUUCAAUGCGCUCACAGAUGCUGGAGCCAAACACCUUUGCCGGGGACUGAGACAGCCAAGCUGCAAGCUACAGCAACUGCAGCUGGUCAGCUGUGGCCUCACGUCUGGCUGCUGCCGAGCCCUGGCCUCUGUGCUUAGCGCCAGCCCCAGCCUGAAGGAGCUAGACCUGCAGCAGAACGACCUGGGUGAUGUCGGCGUGCAGCUGCUCUGUAAAGGACUCAGGCAUCCUACCUGCAAACUCACACGCCUGGGGCUGGACCAGACAACUCUGAGCGAUGAGACCAGGCAGGAGCUGAGAGCCCUGGAGCAUGAGAAGUCCCAGCUGCUCUUGUCCUAUACACGGAAACCAACUGUGAUGAUCCCUAAUGAGGGCCUGGAUACAGGAGAGAUGAGUAACAGCACAUCCUCACUCAAGCGGCGGAGACUCAGAUCAGAGACGGUGUCUUCCUAUGUUGCUCAGGCUGAUCUCGAACACUUGGACUGGAGCAAUCCUCCUGCUAAGGCCUUUCACAGUGCUGGGAUGACGAGCAAGAGCCACGAGAAAAGCAUCCCAAGGAUAGCACAGCAGGAACUCGCCUGCCUGCCUUCUCCUGCCUCUCACGAGGACCUGCAUAUGAAGCCUUUGGGGACUGAUGAUGACUUCUGGGGCCCCACAGGGCCUGUGGCUACUGAGGUAGUUGACAAAGAAAGGAGCCUGUACCGAGUUCACUUCCCUGUGGCUGGCACCUACCGCUGGCCCAACAUGGGUCUCUGCUUUGUGGUGAGAGAAGCCGUUACCACUGAAAUUGAAUUCUGUGUGUGGGAUAAGCUCCUGGGUGAGAUCAACCAACAACACAGCUGGAUGGUGGCAGGGCCUCUGUUGGACAUCAAGGCUGAGCCUGGAGCCAUCAAAGCUGUGCACCUCCCUCACUUUGUGGCUCUCCAAGGGGGCCACAUGGAUACAUCCCUGUUCCAAGUGGCCCACUUUAAAGAGGAGGGGAUGCUCCUGGAGAAACCAGCCAAGGUGGAGCUGCAUCACAUAGUUCUGGAAGACCCCAGCUUCUCCCCCAUGGGAGUCCUCCUAAGAGUGAUCCAUAAUGCCCUGCGCAUCUUUCCCAUCACCUCCAUGGUGCUACUCUACCACCGCAUCCAUCCUGAGGAAGUCACCUUCCACCUGUACUUGAUCCCAAGUGACGGCUCCAUUCGGAAGGCCAUAGAUGAUGAAGAAAUGAAGUUCCAGUUUGUGCGACUACACAAGCCACCCCCGCUGACCCCACUUUAUAUGGGCUCUCGUUAUGCCGUGUCUGGUUCAGAGGAGCUGGAAAUCAUCCCUGAGGAACUGGAGCUCUGCUAUCGAAGCCCUGGAGAACCCCAGCUGUUCUCUGAGUUCUAUGUUGGCCACUUGGGAUCAGGGAUCAGGCUGCAAAUGAAAAACAAGACAGAUGAGACUUUGGUGUGGGAGGCCUUGGUGAAACCAGGAGAUCUCACACCUGCAACUACUCUGGUCCCUCCAGCCCUCAAAGCCUUACCUUCCCCUCUGGAUGCCCCGGGGUUGCUGCACUUCGUGGACCAGUAUCGAGAGCAACUGGUAGCCCGAGUGACAUCAGUGGAACCUGUCUUGGACAACCUACUUGGACAUGUGCUGAGCCAGGAGCAGUAUGAGAGGGUGCUGGCUGAGAACACCAGGCCCAGCAAGAUGCGGGAGCUGUUCAGCUUCAGCCAGUCCUGGGACAGGAGCUGCAAAGAUCGACUCUACCAAGCCCUGAAGGAGACCCAUCCUUACCUCAUUAUGGAACUCUGGGAGAAGGGCAGCAAAAAGGGACUCCUGCCACUCGGCAUCUGAGGUAUGAACACCAGACCUUGAGUCCUGGCUUUGCCUGACCCUCCUUUGGGUCUGUUUCUUUCUCUGCAAACAAGUUGCCAUUUGAUUUGCCUUCCAGCACUAAAGUAGUGGAACACUGAUGAUGCCUUUGCUGGGCAUUAUGUGUCCAUGCCAGGGAUGCCACAUGGGGCCCCAGUCCAGGUGGCCUAACAGCAUCUCAGGGAAUGUCCAUCUGGAGCUGGCAGGACCCCUGCAGACCUCUUAGAGCUGCAUCUGGUGGCCACAACAGCCAAGCCUAGAGCCCUCUGGAUCCCAUCCAGAUGCAAGGAGGAAUAGGAGAGACAUGGAAACUUUUGCCUCUGGCUGUGUCACAGGAUGAGUCCCAACGGGUUCAGCAUGGGAGGCCAUGUGGAUUACUGGCUUCUCGCAGGAAGAUAUGCAAGAGCAAGCCGACAGAAAAGUGGAAGGAAGUUUAUUAAGAAAAUAAAGGAGUGUUACAGCUCUUUUAGAA